CCAAUGUUGAGAAUGAAGACAGCUGGAGUUGUUCUGUUGUUGCUGUGGUCCGGGCAGUGUGUGGCUGCAGCAGCAUCCAGUGCAGCUCUCCAAACCACAGGCACAGGCAAAGACUACCAACCACCGUUGGACAUCCACACUGUGCUGAGGGAGAUGAGCAGCCUCAUUGCAGAGCAGCGAGUGGAGCUCAAGUGCACCAAGACACAACUGGAGACCAUGGAGGGCAGACUGAGGGACAGUGAGAAGACUAUGGAAGAGCAGAGAUCUGAGCUGACACACACUAAGACACAACUGGAGGCUGUGGAGAAGAAAGCAGAAGCCAUGGAGGAAAGACUGAGGGCCAGUGAGAAGAAAGCAGAGGCCCUGGAAAGCAGACUGAGGGAGAGUGAGAACUUGGUCAAUCAACUUAAGAUUGAAAACAAAGCUCAAGCAAUGAGUCUGAAUCGCACUGUGACUGCUGUAUCAGAUCUGAAGAAGGAGAGAGAACAGAGCAGGGUGUCUUUCUCAGCCUCAUUGGUGACAAAGGGUAGUGAAACUUUUGGACCCACUGCUGUGGAUAGCCCUCUAGUGUUCAGAAACGACUUCACCAACAUUGGCAAUGCCUACAGCGCAAACACAGGGGUCUUCACAGCUCCAACCAGAGGAGUCUACUUCUUUGUUGUGUUUGUACUUGGUGAAGGCCAUGCAUCUACAGAUCAAGGAGCCUGGCUGUUUAAAAAUGAUAAGCACUUUGCUUUAGCAUGGAGUCGACAGUCACGCGGCUAUUCCAAACCCUCCAAUGGAGCCUCUGUUCUGCUGGAGAAGGGAGAUGAGGUCUACGUCAAGCUGUUUCCUUCUUCAUGGGUGCAUGAUAACCAGAACAACCACUGUGUCUUCUCUGGACACCUGCUGUUUCCCAUGUAAAGGCGUCAACACAAUGCACGAUGCAGAGUCCAAAUUUACCAAUACAGUAGCUGCAUAGCCAGUCAUAACAUGGUCCACAGGCAUCUUCUUCCGAUAUUUACGGACAUGCCUACAUGUAGUUGUCUGGAGGUUGUUUGUGUAUGGAUAUUCAUACUUUGCUGUGUGUUGAGGUUAUGUGGGUGUGUGUGAGCUGUGUCUGUCAAUGUGUCCAUGGGAAAAACGGCUUGGUGUGUUGGGAUAGGCUAUUUGUGGCAUUUAGACUUUGUUGGGUCUGGGGCUGUUCUUCCUGUAUGUACGGUAUCCAUGUUGUUGAUGUGUAGCAGAGUUUUCUCUCGUGUUGUUAAUGUGGUGAUGUCUGUCUUGUUUCUGUCUAAUAUGCUACUGUAUAUGUUAAGAUUGUAACGGUUUCUAAAAAUGAAUCUCCUCCCCUCCGGGACAAUAAAGGCAAUCUAAUCAAAUGUGCGGGCCAAUCACAACAUAGGA